GCGCUUCCACAUGAUCACAUGACUCUGGACAUGGACGCGGUCCUGUCAGACUUUGUUCGGUCCACUGGGGCAGAACCGGGUCUGGCACGAGACCUGCUGGAAGGUAAAAACUGGGACUUGAGUGCUGCUCUCAGUGACUAUGAACAGCUGCGGCAGGUCCACACAGCCAACUUGCCACAGGUCUUUAACGAGGGCCGGUACUACAAGCACCCUGAGCGCAACACACCCCAGCACGUCAGUAAGGUGGAACCAUGUGUGCAGAGACAUGAGGAGAACACUCAGGAGAAGCGUCUCUCGCGUGGCAUCUCGCACGCCAGCUCUGCCAUCAUGUCUUUGGCACGGCUUCACGUGACGGGUGAAAGUGCCAGGGAGCAACUGCCUCUCGACAUGCCCAUCUACACCUUCCAGCUGCCGGACCUGAGCGUCUACAGCGAGGACUUCCGCAGCUUCAUCGAGCGAGACCUCAUCGAGCAGUCCACCAUGGUGGCCCUGGAACAGGCCGGUCGACUCAACUGGUGGUCCAACAUGUGCACCAGCUGCAAAAAACUCCUCCCAUUGGCCACCACUGGAGACGGCAACUGUCUGUUGCACGCUGCCUCUUUAGGAAUGUGGGGGUUCCAUGACAGGGACCUGGUCUUGAGGAAGUCCCUGUAUGCCAUGAUGAAGAGUGGAGCUGAGAGGGAGGCUCUGAAAAGGAGGUGGAGAUGGCAACAAACACAGCAGAACAAAGAGUCGGGGCUGGUGUACACAGAGGAAGAGUGGGAGAGAGAGUGGAAUGAACUCCUGAAAUUAGCCUCUAGUGAACCACGCACACACAUCAGCAAGAAUGGCAACAACAGUGGAGGGGUGGAUAACUCGGAGGAUCCGGUUUAUGAGAGCCUGGAGGAGUUCCAUGUGUUUGUGCUGGCUCACGUGUUGAGACGGCCCAUAGUGGUGGUGGCCGACACCAUGCUGCGAGACUCCGGAGGGGAAGCUUUUGCUCCCAUUCCUUUCGGAGGGCUGUAUCUGCCCCUGGAGGUGCCACCAAACCGAUGCCACUGCUCCCCACUGGUGCUGGCAUACGACCAAGCCCACUUCUCUGCUCUGGUGUCAAUGGAGCAAAGAGACCAACAGCGAGAACAAGACUGCCCUCAGAAGUCUGAUGUGACGUCCAAAAUGCAUAUGGCGCUCGAGAAGGUCAGUCAAGGACACUGACCAACGGUUUCCAGCAGGGAGAAUGGCUACACCGUCAUCCCUCUGACUGACUCAGAGCACAAGCUGCUUGCCCUGCACUUUGCCGUGGACCCCGGACCAGACUGGGAGUGGGGGAGGGACGAUAAUGACAACGCCAAGCUGGCCAAUCUGAUUCUGUCACUGGAGGCAAAAUUGAAUCUUCUGCACAGCUACAUGAAUGUAACGUGGAUUCGAAUUCCAUCAGAGACAAGGGCUCCUUUGGCUCAGCCGGAGUCGCCCACAGCCUCAGCAGGUGAGGAUGUCCAGUCUCUGGCUGAAUCCAUGGACUCAGACCGAGAAUCCGUCGGCAGCAACUCCAACGUCAACAAUGGCAAGUCCAGCAAAGAAAAGGACAAGGAAAAGCAACGCAAGGACAAAGACAAAACCAGGGCAGACUCAGUGGCCAACAAGCUUGGCAGUUUCAGCAAAACUCUGGGCAUCAAGCUGAAGAGGAACAUGGGAGGUUUGGGUGGACUGGUACACGGCAAGAUCAGCAAAUCCAACUCAACAAACGGCCGCAGCGUUGAGAACGGGGAACAGAAGCCUAAGAAAAAGGAUUCGAAAACCCGCAAGGGCAGCAAAGAGGAGUCUGGCCAAUCGGCCAGCACAUCUUCAUCAGAGAAGGCCACCAGUCCCUCACCCACAGAUGGAGCGUCGGGGAGUUCCCCCGGCGAGAGGCAGCCAGGUUCAGGAAAAGCAUCUGGUGACCGUGCGUUGGAGAGCUGGAAAUACAGCACGGACGUCAAGCUGAGCCUCAACAUUCUACGGGCCGCCAUGCAAGGCGAACGGAAGUUCAUCUUUGCCGGGCUCUUGCUCACCAGCCAUCGGCAUCAGUUCCACGAGGAGAUGAUCAGCUUCUACCUGAGUAGUGCUCAGGAACGCUUCACUGCCGAACAGGAACAGAAGAGGAAAGCUGAGGCUGAGAAGAAGGCUUCGACCAACGGGGCGGCCUUGAAGAAACCGGAACAGGAGAGUGUGUUUCAGAGAGAACGCUCAGACAGCUCUCCGCCCGAGAGCUGCUCGCCGGUCCUCCAUCCGAGCCAUAACCCACAGCUGACAAUGAAGGCGCAGGAGAGAAACAGCCCCACCCUGGUGGGCUCCCCGAUCUCUACUCCCAUCCCCACCCCCGUCCCCGCCUCUUCCAUGUCUCCGAUCCCAUUUUCCUCCCCCAGUAUCGGUGCUAAGAGACAAGGGCCCGUCCCAGUGUCUGCCCACUAUAGCCAUACCCCGCCCAUCCAGAGGCACAGUGUCAUCCACCUGCGAGAUGUCAACGUCCAGUCGCCCAGCUUCCAGGAUGACCCUUAUAAGCCAGUGGUGGGUACUUUGAAGACCUGUGCCACAUACCCCCAGCAGAACCGUUCACUGUCCUCCCAGAGCUACAGCCCAGCCCGCAUGUCUGGGGUACGCACCAUCAAUGCAGUGGAGGCUCUUCCAUACAACAUGCCCGGGGAGCACAAGUCACACACAUACACCAAUGGCUUCGACGCAGGCGACAUCCGGGACAGCCUGGAGUUCGCCGACGAAGACCCGACGCCACACGCCUGGCUCAGCCACGAUAAAACCAAAGGGAGGAACAGCGGCUGUCCCAUGUACUGCUUCCAGCAGAAACGCUGUAAGAGGGAGAACUGCUCCUUCUACGGCAGACCAGAGACGGAGAACUACUGCUCUUAUUGCUACAGGGAGGAGCUAAAACGCAGGGAGAGGGAGGGCAAGACACACCGGCCUGGAUAG